UGAAGAAGUCUGUCAUAAUUUCGUUUUUAUUCAUUGAUAUUAUCUUGAGAUUUGGUUACAAUCAGAAUUGGCUGAUGAAAUAACGUUAGUUUGAUGGCUAGCUUGCAUGAAUCAACGUAGCUCCGUAGCUAACAUUAGCUAGCCCCUUUGAAGCUAGCUAGCUACAGUAGCUGCGUUGAACGGUAGCGGUCUUUGCAGAGUCAAACAGUAAGCAAGCAAGUAGGCAAAGUGUGCAAUGGAACCUUCAGAGCAUCCAGAAACCUCCGGCACUUCUCAGAUAGCCAAUGAGAAUGUACACCUAGACCUGCUAUCCUCACAGCCUGAUAUGGACCUGUUUUCUGGGCACACUGACAUGGGCCUGCUCCCUGUGCAGACUGAUUUAGACCUACUGUCUGCAACGAGUGAUAUGGAUUUGCAGCCUACACAGACUGAUAUGGAGGUGUCCUACUCUGGCUCACUGGAAACAGAGACGCAUGGUGGUGAGCGGCCGCCGGUUGAUGAGAUGACAAGAUUUCUCACCCAGUCUGAAAGAGAGAGGCAGAAAACUCAGGACAGCCUUAGCAUCCUGGGUGACCCAGACUCACUGGAACUGUCCAAAGCCCAGGUCGAGGAGUUUUAUAGCCGUACAGUCCUUCCAGAAUCAGACUUUCAGGAACCUUCAGUCUUUCCAGAAUCUUCUGUCCUUCCCGAGCCCCCCGUCCUUCCCGAGCCCCCCGUCCUUCCCGAGCCCCCCGUCCUUCCCGAGCCCCCAGUCCUUCCCGAGCCCCCAGUCCUUCCCGAGCCCCCAGUCCUUCCCGAGCCCCCUGUCCUUCCAGAACCAUCAGACUUACUAGGACCUUCAGGACCAGUCCUCUGUCAGGAUAAUAUAAAAGUAGGGUUAGAAAUGGUGGCUGAGCCAGGGACAGACAGGCUGGAGGACACAGAGGGAACUCCGACUGUAACCGAGGCACAGAUGUCAGAAAUAAGGGAGGAGCAGAUGGACAUAGUGAAUGAAGGUCCUUCUGCAACUUCUCAAGACGAUGUUGAUCCAAAUAUGCCUUCGAUAGUCAGUGUGGAGGGUUCACACUCUGAGGAUGGUCCCGGCAAAGAGGAAGCCUUAUCGUUCUAUGGGUUGAUGCCAAAGGUCGAAGACACAGGCAGUGUUGAGAAAAAUGACAAAGAAAAGCCAGUUGGGGGCAGUAUGUCUCCACUGUCAUCCUGGGCCCAACCAUUGACACCAGGUGAAGCUGAGGAGCAACCUGAAACUGAGGUCGCCAUUGAAGAUCCAACAGUUUCUCAAAAUGGUCAAAAUACUAUGGGGAGAAGAGGCCGACCUCGUCGCGUAGAAGCAAGGAAAAGCACACAGACCCUGUCCCAACAAGACCAGCUAUCAGACAGUGGCUCUGACGAUACCGCCGAUGAUCCCAGGGACACCGACUUUGACCCUACACGCUGUGGCCUCCGGCGCUCCACAAGGGCCCUCCAAAGAAGCCACACCACCCAGUCCCCCCGGCUCAUGUCCCCCAAGCCGUCUGGCUUCGCUCCUACCCCUGGGUACGCCCAAAGGUCUGCGGGUGCCCCCCCACCCCGACCGCCACCCCCUCGCCUCCCCACCAGAGUCCUCUGCGCCAACUGCAGUGGGAUGCUGCAGAGCGGACAGACAGCCUACCAGCGCAGGGGUCAGCCUCAACUCUUCUGUAGCUCUACAUGCCUUAACUCCUUUGGCAAAAAAGCCCCCAAGAAAAAGCCUUGUGCUUUUUGUAAAAGGGACAUGGGGAACAGUAAGGACACUGUGCUUGCGCAGGUUGGCCAGUCACAAUCUUUCCAGGAGUUCUGCAACAACACGUGUCUCUCCCUAUAUGAGGCCCGCCUGGAGAAAGGCAGUAAACAGCCCCCCAAACCAAGUGCUGCUGCCCAAAGAUGCAGUGUAUGCAACCAGAUGCGUGAGAUCAACCAUGAGGUGACCAUGGGAAACACCAUUCACCUCAUGUGCAGUGACGCCUGCUUCAACCGUUUCCGGGCCACAAAGGGCCUGAAGACCAGCUGCUGUGAUGCGUGUGGCACUUACAUCAAUACCUUCACGUCCCGGGCCGAGUAUCUGCUACAUGAGGGGCAACAGAGGAGGUUCUGCAACUCCUCCUGUCUCAGGCUCUAUAAAAUGAAAAACACUAAGGUGCUAUCCUGCCAUUGGUGUAGGACUCUGUGUAAGAACUUUGAUAUGCUGUCUAAAGUGGACCAGUAUGGCAAGACGAAACACUUCUGCUCUUUGUGCUGUAUAGCCUCACACAAAGUGAAAACAUCGGGGCUCGCAGUGCCUAGUGAAGCGUGCAGUUUCUGCCGAAGCAGCCCGUCGGAGCCUUACUACUGUAAAACCAGUGAGAGUGUGUAUGUCUUCUGUAGUCCUAGCUGUUGGAGUAGAUUUCAGAGAAACAAUCCUAAUGGAGACAUCCGCUUCAACUGUCUCUCCUGUCAUAACAUGUUCAAUGGGAAACCAGAAAUCUUAGACUGGCAGGACGUAAUAUACCAGUUCUGCUGUAAGCAGUGUUGUGAGGACUACAAGCGCUUAAAUGGUGUGGUUUCUGUGUGUGAGCACUGCAAGCAAGAGAAACCGCUGCAUGAGAAGAUGAAGUUCUCUGGGGUGGAAAAGACCUUCUGCAGUGAUGGAUGCAUACUGCUGUACAAGCGAGACUUUGCUCAGCAACUGGGCCUCUGCUGUAUAACCUGCACAUACUGUUCCCAAACCUGUUCCCGGGCGGUCACAGAGGAGAAGGAUGGCAACAUAUGGGACUUCUGCAGUGAAGAGUGUAAAAACAAAUACCUCCUGUGGUACCUGAAGGAAGCAAAGUGCCAUGCCUGCAAGCGUCAAGGUCAGCUCCUGGAGACCAUCCACUGGAGAGGAGAGAUUAAACACUACUGUGACCAGCCGUGCCUCCUGCGCUUCUACAGUCAGCAGAACCAGCCCAACCUUGACCCCAAGCUGGCCCCUGAGGGCCGGUUCAACAGUCAUUCCCCUGAGUCUACAUCACCCCCUGCUGCUACGAAGAAAAGUGAAGCCACAGGAAGCUGUGGGAAGAGGACUGUAGCCAAGCCUGCCCCUCCCUUCACUCCAUCUAUCUCCCAAAGGAACAAGUCCUCCAUGUGUAAACCCAUGAUGGCCACAACCGGUGUCACGUGUAGAUCUGAGAUGAAGUCCCAGAGUUGUCAGACAGAUGAUUUCUUGCAGGCCCCACCUGCCGUGUUACCAGUCCCUGUGCCUGUGUUUGUUCCUGUCCCUUUGAAUAUGUACUGUCAGUACACUCCCAUGCCAAUGGCCUUGCCUCUGCCCCUCCCCGUCCCCAUGUUCUUACCUGUCACACUGGAUCAUAUCGAUAAGCUUGUGGAAUACAUAAAAGAGCUGAAACUCCAGAUCCCCUCAGAUCCACUGGAGGCUGACAUUCUGGCCAUGGCAGACAUGAUAGCAGAGCAGAAUAAAGAUCUAGCCAGUGACCAGAAAGCAGGACAGUUGUUGAGUGACUGCAGUUUAUUUGAGACUUCAUCCCAAGACGACAUCCUCUCCUUGGCUGUCAACAUGGCAGAUGUACUGACGGAACCAGAUCAAGAGCCUGUGAAUGAGCUCACUAAAGCUUCCCUGGAUCUGAACCCCAAUGAGGAUUUGCUCUUUGACUGUGGGAUGCCACCCCAGGCUACUUCACCAGAGCCAAGCUUCAACGUUGCUCUUCCAAAGGGUUCCAAGCGUCAGGCCAUGUCAGAAAUGACCCUCCAUGACCCCUUGGACUGCCAGCCUCUCGGUGCUGGCUUAAACAGCUCCCUCGGGGUCAAAGCCUGGAACUCGUGGUCCAAAAGCAAGCACUCAGACAAUGAUGACAAAAAACAGAAACCAUUAGACCUUCUCUUGUGCAGUCCUACGGAAUUGAAUCAUGGCCUGUCUGAGUUUGUCCAAGACAUUGUUCAUCCGAAAGGACCGUGCUAUAAGCCUGACAGUGUAUUUUACCUCUGUCUUGGGAUUCAACAGUAUCUCCUCGAAAACAACCGGAUGGUGAAUAUCUUCACAGACCAGUUAUAUGUAACCUUCGCACAGGAGCUGAAUAAAAUUGUCAGCAAAUGGCUGCCUUCCAUGUCACCUAAUGGUGGUCUGGUGUCUCGGGUCCUUGAGGAGCACCUGUGGGAGUGCAAACAGCUGGGUGUGUACUCGCCAUUCGUCCUGCUCAACACCCUCAUGUUCUUCAACACCAAAUACUUUGGCCUGACCACGGUGGAGCAGCACCUCCAGCUGUCUUUCUCCACGGUCACGCGCCAGGCCAAGAGGAGAUCCACACCGCAUGGAACGGUCAAGUCGUCCAGUGUCUGCUACCGCCCCAAAUCGCAUCACAAAAGAACUAGCAAAGAGGGUGGCUUGGGAAAGAGGAAACGGGAUGAGCCGACUGAGCUGGAGCAGCAAGAGAAUCGGAUGAACCCCCUCAGAUGCCCUGUCAAAUUCUUUGAGUUUUAUCUUUCCAAAUGCUCUGAUGGUGUGCGGAGCAGCUGCAGUGCAUUCUACCUGCAGCCAGAGCGUACUUGCAUGGCAGAGAGUCCACGCUGGUACUCUGAUGUCCCCAUGGACAAGGGCAGGCUGGGAAUUAUGCUCAACAGGAUCCUGGCUGUCAAGGACGUUUACGACGAGCACCCGGCCCAGGUCGACAUGGACUGACCACGGCACUGCCCGACUACACGACAAGACCCCCAUGUGGAAGCCGCUGCCCAUGUGGAAGCCGCCAGCACAAAGGAUGCCUUUUGUUUCCAUGCGUGAUCUGUCUCCUAUACACCAGUAGUUCAGUGAACAUUUACCCCACAAUUACCAUUGUAGCUAGAACGGAAGAAUAAACUCAGCACUGCGCUGUACCACACUUGGUUGAAAUAGUGUGUUUUAAUUGGUUAAAUACUUUGGGCAUUGUCCACAACAAUUAUUAGAGAUGACAUGUCUCUGGUUUGUAUUGAAACCCAUAUUUGUUUAAGAAGCAGCGGUGUAGAGGUACUUCAGAAACCUUCUAAUUGACAUUGCAUUUCACACCCUACACCAGCCUCACUGGAUUUUGUUUCAUUCAAAAACCUCAUGUUCAUACAGUGAUAGUAUCAAUAAUGUGCAAUUUGACACUUUUCUAUUUACCAUGUGGUCAGUGAGGGGUAAGCCAUUUAUUGCUGCCAGAGGGCUUCACAUGUACUGUAUCAAAGCUCAUAGUAAUCACAGGAAAUUAUUCAUAACUGAUUUGUGUGUGUAUAUAAUAUUGCCCCCAUUUAGUAAUUUCAUAUUGUAACAAUUAUAACACUUAUUAAACUACCCAAAAUAAGCUUAA